CCGGAAUUACUGUACUGUGAUUGGCGGAGCGGUUGUUAUGGUGGUUCGCUUUAGUUGUGGUGUCGAUGAAACGACCGCCCUCGCAGGCGUUGGAAUCUAAUUCUCAAUACACUGCUUAGAGGGUGCGAAAUGGCUGCAAAGACCCCUGUGUAUAAAAAAACUCCUUUGAGUGCAACAGUUCAGCGGAAGAAGCCUGGACCAAAACCAGAAAUUUCUGAAGAUCAAAAGCAGGAAAUAAGAGAAGCAUUUGAUUUGUUUGACACAGAUGGUAUUGGAUCUAUUGACGUAAAAGAACUAAAGGUUGCAAUGAGAGCUUUAGGAUUCGAACCCAAGAAAGAAGAAAUAAAGAAGAUGAUUGCAGAAAUCGAUAAGGAAGGCACUGGGAAGAUUGACUUUAAUGAAUUUUUGGCUGCAAUCACACAAAAAAUGGCUGAAAAAGAUACAAAGGAGGAAAUUCUGAAAGCCUUUAGGUUGUUUGAUGAUGAUGAAACUGGACGAAUUUCAUUCAAAAACCUGAAACGUGUGGCAAAGGAACUUGGGGAAAACCUUACAGAUGAAGAGUUACAGGAAAUGAUUGAUGAAGCAGAUCGAGAUGGAGAUGGGGAAGUGAAUGAGCAAGAAUUCUUACGAAUAAUGAAAAAGACAAGUUUAUACUAAUGUAUGAAUGCAUGCUGCAUGCGUUUUUCUUGUAUGCAUGUCACAUGUUUAUUCAUGUAUGAUUCAAAGCAUGCUUAUUGGACAGGAUAUUGGAUAAAGAUAAUUAUGUAUGUACUGGAUGUAAGAUGACUUUCCAUUGCAAGCAAUUUAAGGAAAUGGGUUAUUUAAGUAAAUUUCACAGAUGAAAAAAUAUUGAAGAUUUGAUUUUAGGGUAUAUAAAAAUAAUUUUAAGAGUUUUGCUUACAUUUUAUGCUAUAAUAAACAAGUACCUUUAUACCAUUACCAUUUUUGAAAAGCAGCUUUCAUUUCUGUAAAAUUGUCUGUUAUUUGAAGAAACUUAUGGAUAUUGUUAAAACAGAAUUUUUAAAAGUAUACUUUACAUAAGAGUACAGCACAAGGACUGGCCCUUCACGCAAUGAUGUUGUGCUGAACUUCAUUUUAAUGAUUAAAUGCCUAAUUUAAAUAAUCCUUUUUGACCACAUCCGUCCAUCCUCUGCAUAUUCAUGUUGCUAUCUAAGAACCUCUUCAAUGCGCCUAUCAUAUUUGCCUGCACUAGCACCCUUGGAAGCACAUUCCAAGCACCCACCACCAUUCUCUGUGUAUUUAAAAUAACUUGCUCCAUUGAAUUUACCCUACUCCCUCACCUUAAAUGUCUGCCUUCUAGUAUCAGGCAUUUCAGACCUGGGGAACCAAGACUGAUUGUCUAAUCUACAUAUGCCUCUCAUCAUCUCAUAAAACUCUAUCAGAUCUCCACUUGAGCCUCCACUGCUUCAGAACAAACAACCUAGGUUAUCCAUACCUUCUCACAGCAUAUGCCCUAUGAUCCAGGCAGCAUCCUGGUAAACAUCUAUUAUGCCUUCUCUAAAGCCUCAAUACCCUUCCCAUAAUGUGGCAAAUGCAAUAUUGCAGAUGUAGCCGAGCAAGGGGUUUGUAAAGCUCGAUGCCUCACCUAGUAUAGGCAAGUCAUAUACCUUCUUUACUACUCAAUGAACUUGUGUAGCCAUUGUCAUGAAGCUCCCAAAUUUUAACGCUCAGAACAAGUACAUUUGAAUAGGGCAAGAAAUUUUCAAAAACAUUUUAAAGGUUUCCGGCCAACCUCAAACCUGCUCAUUUUCAGUUUUAACAGAAGCUGUAAAGGAAUAUGUCAGGUGAUGGAUCGACUUGUAAGUUUUUAAGGAGGAUGAGUAUUUGUUAACCUAUUUGGUUGGUUGUCCUGAUGAAGAGUCUGAGCCCAAAUAUAGACGUUUAUUCAUUUUCAUAGAUGCUGCCUGGCCCAUUGGAUUUCUCCAGCAUUUGUGUGUGCUGCUGUGAAUUUCCAGCAUCUGUAAACUCUCUUGAGUUUAUGGCUGCAUGAAACAAGGCAGAUAAAAUGAGAUGGGCAGGUUCUGAAUUGCGGUUACAUAUUGUCUGUGGGUCACAAGGAGCAGGAAUAUUUCCAACUGGUCCAGUAAACAUGCAAAACAUGCCUACUUCUAGAUUUAAAAUUAGCAACAUUAAUCUUACUCAGCUGUCAACACCCCUUCCUACCAUACCCCUUUAUUCAACACAAAUGUACACACAGAGACUCUGAGGUCGUGAGUGUUUUCCUUCUCGUUGUGGCUCCAGUGCUUCAGACUUUUCACCUGGUGGGGUAGCCAGUGUGCCAAACAUGCUGGUUGUCAAGGUAGAAACCUGCAAAAACCUUCUUGAUGAUGCCUUUCAGCUAAAUUUCCAGCUUUCUCAUCAAAAAACACCUCCUCUUUAGGUAACUAUCAAGAUAUAAUGAAGGCUUUUAAAGACUUUGCACAUAUUCACAUGACAGUGCACCCUGAUGCCUUCCUGAUCAUGCUGGGGGUCCUCUACUAGGCCAGCUGUACAGUAUUUAUGUUAUUUGUUUAGAGAUACAGCACACAACAGUCCCUUCCCGCCAACCAACCCACCAAUUUAACCCCAGCCUAACUGAGGAAGUCUCUGACCAAUUACCACCAACAUAUCACCUUUGAAACCAGAGAAGCUAACACACAUGACCUCUGUUAAAUCACCAUCAAGAGCACUUAAUAUGACAUCCAUGCCCACACUUUGAAAAAUCCAAUCACAUGGCUGACAUUCUUCUCCCAGCAUACAGCGAAGUACAAUACUAUAGACCUCAAUUAGGUAACCACUCAGUUUCUUAAACAAAUAGCGUUUAUCUUGCCCUGAAGCACACACCCCAACAAGCUUGUUGUAAUUGUUGUAAAACCUUUCCAGUGCUUCCAUCACCUUUUUAUAAAAUGGCUACCAGGACCAUAGGCAUUUUCUAGAUGUGAUGUCAAGUUUUGUGAAAUAGAUUUUGUAUACUUCUUCAAUUAUAGCUCUCUGGACAGCUGGGCUUGCUUCCUUUACAGUUUUGUUAACUGAAGAGUAAUAUUUAGCGAUUGCUGGAAGAUCUUUGUUCUACAAUAGCUAGACAUCUGUCUCCCACCAAAUCUAGUGUUUACAUUAAAAUUCAAUUACCAACUUGUUGAUGUCUUUUUGUAAUUUGUUUCAAUUCUCCUUUUGAUUGAUUAGUUACCCCAAAGUGAAGGUACAGUGUCAAGAGAACGGCAGGGAAAAUUUCCUUGGAUCUAGACUUAAUCAUGUUGCAGUUGCAUAGGUAGAGGCAGGAGUACGUAGAUAGGAGGCUGGUGCAACUUCUGGAAACUGCUGUAAUAAAUACCUUAGUCCAAUUGGCUACUUGAUCCUUAUAUACUUAUUUCUUGAUGCAAAUUUGUUUGAUAACCAC